AUGGCAACUCUUCCUUCAACGUCACAAGCCCCCGAGUGGGCGAUACAAGGUUCAGAUCUCGUCGAGGACCUUGACGAACCCCCAGAACUCAGGCUGUACAUGCCCACGCCCAAGCCUCUGCCUUUCCAGAGAGCGCCGGUCCGCCCACAACAGGUCGCAUCCUCGCUACUGACCCAGGCCAUCUUGGGACAGUCUGAUGAGGAGGACGGCCACAUCUUUCACCCUUCCAAAACCUACAGCCGGCGCCGCCGUUCCAUGGUCAGCAAUGCUAGUAUUGCUUCCACCGCUGAUUUGACCAGCGAUACUGGUCUCACCAGCCCUUCCCGAACCAAUACUCCCAGCCCACCUCUCCCAGACCUCUCAACGCUUCGUCUUCGCCACGGCGCUGCUGACCAGAAGCCUGGCUUCCUAGCCAGCUUCUUCGGUGCCAGGAAAGUGGAGGAGCCCGUUGUCCAAGAAGCUCCUCGAAAGCGAUGCAUCCAGUUUGCCUGUGCCGCCAAGCCUCAGGCUCAGCCACAGGCCGUUCCUGUUGCUGCUUCGUCAGCUGCCUCUCCCCCUGCGCUCAAGACCCCCCUGGCGCAGGAACCGCCAAAGCGCUGCAUCAAGUUUGCCUGCACAGCUCGCCCGUCUUCCGCACAGAAGACUUCACCCAAGCCCUACGAGCCCUCCACUCCCAAGCGGAGCAUGACUCAUCCCGUCCCCAUCUCUCCUCGACUCGUGCCUGCUCAGCAGGAGUCUGGCAAGGCCUCGCUUGUUCGACCUCGAUUCCUUCGUGCUUCAUCAACGGAGCUCAUCAGGGACGCAUCUCAGUUCCACGAGUUUGCCAGUGGCAUGGCUCGCGAGGACGACUGGAUCCGACAAGAGGACUCCACUCAGACCAAGCUUACCAUUUCGGAUACCCUGGUCAAGGAGAACCUGUUUCGUCGUCUGGGAGCUGAAGCCGAAGAGGAGGCUGAGAUGGAGGAACGAGAGGAAGAUGAGGCCGAGACUGCCAUGGAUGACGAAGAUGAAGAAGAUGACGAAGACGAGGAUGAGGAUGAUGAGCUUGAUGUCUUGGAUAUGGAGGAGGAUGAAGAUGAAGAUGAAGAUGAGGAUGAGGAUGACGAGGAUGACGAGGAUGACGAAGCGGACGACGGCUCCGACGGCUACCACACUGAUGAGGAAACUGGCUUCGCUGAUUCCGAUGAGGAUGAUGACGGGGACGAAAACAUGAUCCUGUGGACGCCGGGCCGUGCCCCAUCUGUCCCACGCCAGGUCACCCCCCGCUUGGCUCGUCGACUCUCGUUGACUGAGCAGUCGGAUUCUUCCAUUGGCUCCAGACGCAGCCCUCGUCGAUCCGUCAAGGCUCGCCCCAUCGGACCUCAAGUCGAGGCUCCGGACCUGCCAGAUAGUACCGACUUCGUAUGCGGCACUCUGGACGAGGACCGACCCGUUGAAGACGCCUACCUCUCAUGCCUCGCCGCUCGCAGAAACGAGAAGCUGCGCAUUAUCCCUCAAGACAUUGACCCUAGCUUCCCGGCUUCGGACCUUGACGAGGAGGAUGAUGAGGAUGUCUAUGUGGCUGCUGCUGACAGCGACGAUCAUCCUUGGGUCCACGGCGCCAUGGAGGAUCUCGAUAUGGAGACGGACCGUGCUCGAAGGAGGCGCAAGAACGCCAAUCCAUCUCCCCGACGAUUCCGUUCUCCCCCUCCCAAGCGACGCGGCUCUCCCGCCCCCAAGCCUCGCGCUCGCUCUCCUAAGCCUCUUUUUGACCGCCAGUCGCCUCGUCGAGCCCGUUCCCCGGCUCCCAAGGCUGUGGCCAUUGCCACUCCCAUACAGACUCCCCGACAGGGUGCGCACACCAAGUUUCAACUGGCUGGCCGCCCCGGUCUCACCCAGACCAAGUCCCUGCCUAGACCUGCAGCCAUCUUCCGCCAUCAGAAGCAGCCCAAGGGCUCAAAAACCUCCUCUGACACUGAUGGACACAUUCGCAGUGCCAUUGACAUCGUCAAGGGCCUUGAGAAGAAGCGCCUGCGCCGCAAGGAAAAGUUCUUCCAGAAGUAUUGCGAUCGCGCCCGACGUGGGCAGAUCCCUGAGCGCAAGCCGCUUCCUGGCCUCGGCGCCGAACGCAUGCGAGAACUUGGGUUGCUCAUGGCGGGUAAGAAGGACCCGGGCAACUACGUUCUCUCGUGCUAG